AGUUACUGCGCUCCAGAAACAGUCAAAAUUUGAAAGAAGAAAGUGAAUAUUUCUGCCAUCAUGCAAAGAUUGCUCCUUACAACUGCUCUACUUCUUGUGGGACAGGGAGGAGCAACGCCGAUCAAAAGUGCGCUGAAAGACCUCUCAGCAAAAUGUAUCGCGGAGAACAACGCACCCUUAGGUUCUUUUAAAUUGCUGGGCGGGAGAUCGGUGCUAUCAGACGAAAGUGAACAGUGUUACCUGGAGUGCAUCUACAGAGGGUUGGGACUUAUCAACGAUCAAUCGCUCGACGUGACCGUCGCUAAGAGACUUGCUGACAAAAGAUAUAAAAACAACAAUGAUCUUGACCAGGCCUACAAAGUCAUUGACAGCUGUGCGCAAGUGAGGGCUUUAUCUGGAGUGAAAUGCGGCCUCGGCGUGUCCGUCAGGAGGUGCAUCCUCGAAUUCGGCAAAAUGAACAAUUUUUAUCUUCAGCAAUGAAUACUGAACGAUGAAGAGAGGGCCGGCAAGUUAAAUAAUAUAUUUUAUAUAUUUUUGUAAGCUAAAUAAAAGGAUUAUAUCACUUUUC